AUAACAAUCGUUUGCUUACUUUUAAAUUCCUUUUCUCUUAUCUGUGUGUUAAAUUUAUUCAAAGACGUCCUCUUUCUCCUUCCCUUCUUUUCUUUAAUUCCACUUCGCAUAAAACUUACUGGAUGCAACCCCAUCGCUACUUUAAUGAGUUGGAUCAUUGGAGAACCGUUGCACAACGACCGCAUCCUUCGUCACCGCCAUUAUCUCCCACCAUGAAAUCUGCUAGUAGCGCUGCGGUAGAAACAGGGAAAACGUCACCAGCAGCAGCAGCAGCAGCAGACCCUUUUGCUGUCGAAGGGUCUCGCGGGUGGUUAGAAUAUGCACCUGUAUCCGAAGCAGGAACAAGCAGCAUGACUUUGGCAACAGGUGCAGGAACGAAAACAAAAGAUAAACGCAAUAAUGCGUCGUCUUCGUCUACUGCUGCUGCUGCUGCUGCAACGAGUGCUGCAAACCGAACCCAUGGUGACUCGCAACAAAAGAAAGCUGUAUCGAACGAAGAUAUUCUUAACCUGACAAAAAUGACAGCCCAGCUUCCGGACCGUACUGGAGGCGGUAAUAGCAAUAAUAACAACAACAGCAAAAAAUAUCAUCACGAUCAUCGUAACAAUAAACCCGCCAAGAAGGAGCGCACGUUUGCCAGUACCGAGCACUUGCCUUCUUCUGUUUCAACAAACAAUAACAAUAAUAGCAGCAGUAGCAGCAACAAUGUAUACCCAUCACUUACUCGGCCAUCCUUAUCGACCCCGUCACCAUCGAAUAGAAACAAAAUCAACAACAAUAGUAACAGUAGCAGCGGCAGUAACAACGAGCAUCGACGAUCAUGGUAUAAGCAUUUUAUCAAAGGAAGAGAUAAAGGCAAAGGACGUAUGGAUAUCAACGAAACACAGCAACAACAACCAACUACAACAUCAUCAGCGUCUAUGAUACGAGAUGGUAGUCAUCAUAGCAGCAGUAAUAAUAGUGCUUUGACGACGAAUACGGGUAGUUCAAUUGCUGCUGUUGGCGAUCCCUUGAAACUGUUCAUGUCUGCACACCAUCACCCUAUGAGCGUUAUUACUACUACGACGACAAGUGAAUCCAGUUCAGAGGAAGGUGGUAACAACAAGAAGUUUUCAACGUCAUCGUUGAUAAAGCUACGAUCACAUCGACGGACAUCCUCUGAAUCUCCACUCAAUCGAGCGCCUUCUGCAGCAACACGAGUACCGAAAAGACGGUCGAGCAACCUAAAGUUUCAACGAAGACAUUCGUUGGAUAGUAUACGAGCACCCGAUGAUUAUGAUGCUGCUGCUGCUGCUACUGUCGCUUCUGCUCAAGCUCCAGGCGGUUCGAUACAUCCUCCAGUACCUUUGUUUUCCACUCCUGAGCCUAUCUCGGGAGAACAAACCAGCAACAACAAUGUCUUGGGAUCCGACUUGACACAUCUUGACGAAACAGAUCUCAGUGUGGCAUGGGAUCUGAAGCAGCAACGAGUGACGACGAUGAUAACGACGAACAACCAGAACAACAACAACAGCAGCAGAAGCAGCAAGAAAAUGUAAAACAGUUAAUGCUGGAUUACGAUACAUUACCCGCAGAAGUUUUGGGCUUGCUGCGUAAAUAUGAAAAGCAAGGCAAAAUGCAAGUG